AUGACAAACGAUCUUGGGAGCGGACAGCGUGGACGGGAAAUGAAAAACAGUGAUACAGAUGACGAUGUCGACAAUGGCGUCCCAUUCGCUGAAGAACAUGAAAAUAAAGAAAAUGCUCGUGGGAGAGUUAAUUUUCUUAAAGCAUCAGCACAGCACAACAAUCAGGAAGAUGCUAUGGAUACAGCCUAUGUUAAUGAAGGACGCAGUUCUCCAUUACCCGGAGAUUGUGAAGAGGAUGAUCCGUAUAAACCGGAAGGAGUUUUACGCAUGGAUAUUGACCACUUCAGUGACUUUGCUCGUGGCUCAUCUGAAACGCAUCAGAAAUUGAGUGAACCGAUAUUUGUUAGAGGUUUACCAUGGAGGAUUUUAGCAAUGCCACGGGAGCAGAAUAGAUUUCAAAGUGAGCGCCGCUCAGCUGGGCGUGCUUUUGGCUUCUUCCUGCAAUGUAAUGGAGAAGCAGAAGCGAUUUCUUGGUCAUGUACUGCAAGUGCUAUCCUCACUGUCUUGUCACAGAAACCCGGAGUUGAGAACCAUGUGCGAAGAAUCAAUCAUACUUUCUAUCAAAAGGAGAAUGACUGGGGUUAUUCACAGUUCCUUCCGUGUGAAACACUUCUGAACCCUGAAAGCGGUUACAUUAAAGACGAUACUAUCAAACUGGAAGUGUUAGUUAUGGCGGAUGCUCCUCAUGGCGUGCAAUGGGAUAGCAAGAAACAUGCUGGCUUUAUUGGUCUUAAAAAUCAGGGUGCAACGUGUUACAUGAAUUCGAUAUUGCAGACUUUCUUCUUCACCAAUCAACUGAGGAAGGCCGUGUAUCAAAUGCCAACUGAAAAUGAUGAUCCAGAGACCUCGGUAGCAUUAGCUAUGCAGCGUGUUUUUUAUGAAUUACAAAAUUCGGACAAACCUGUUGGCACGAAAAAGUUGACAAAAUCAUUCGGAUGGGAUAGUGUCGAGUCAUUUCAUCAGCAUGAUGUACAGGAGUUGUGUCGUGUACUGCUGGAUAAUUUAGAAAAUAAAAUGUCUGGAACGAAGGUAAAAAAUACCAUCCCUUCUUUGUUUGAAGGAAAAAUGAAGUCAUACGUGCGCUGUAAAAAUGUAUGUUUUGAAUCAAAUCGGGUUGAAUCAUUCUAUGAUCUUCAGCUUAACAUCAAAGGCAAAGCAAAUGUUCUAGAAUCCUUCUCUGAUUAUACGGCUGCAGAAAUACUUGAUGGUGAUAAUAAAUACGAUGCUGGGGAAUUCGGUUUGCAGCCAGCUGUUAAAGGCGUCAAAUUCAUUUCAUUUCCUCCGAUUUUACAUUUGCAGUUGAUGCGUUUCCAGUAUGACGCAUUACAGGAUGCAAACGUGAAAAUUAAUGACCGGUUCGAGUUCCCUGCACUUUUAAAUUUGAAUGCGUUCAUAGAAGAGGGUGACAAGAAAGAACCUCAGGACUUUUUACUUCAUGCUGUCCUAGUACAUUCAGGUGAUUUCCAUGGUGGUCAUUAUGUAGUUUUUAUCAACACAAAUUUGGGUGGACCACCUAAGUGGUGCAAAUUUGAUGAUGAUGUUGUUUCUCGUGCUUCUGUUCGUGAUGCUAUAGAGGCAAAUUAUGGUGGCGAUGAUCCCGAUCUCCCAGGCAAAUCAUUUACCAAUGCCUAUAUGCUUGUUUAUAUAAAAAAAAGUUGUAUAAAUGACGUUUUGUGCCCGGUGGCGGAAGAAGAUAUUCCGCGACAUUUGCGACUACGAUUUGAGGAAGAAAAAUCAGCCGAUGCCAAAAAGAAGAAAGAGAAACUCGAAGCCCAUCUUUUUACAGAGCUUAUUGUGAUAUUAGAGGAGCAUAUGUAUAGCUAUUCGGGAUUUGAUUUAUUCGAUCCGAAAAUACUGGAUGAGGCUCGUCGACUAAAGGUUGAGAAGAAGAUGAGUAUUGAUCAGCUAUAUACACUAUUUGCAGAAGAGUUUCAUCUUAGCGAAAAUAACUUUCGCCUGUGGCAAGUACAUGAAAACACAAUUCGGGAUGAAAGGAAUAAUGCACUUUCUUUGAAUCGUCUUCGCCCGUCGACGUUGCUGAAGCGUGAUGGUGAACGACCGCACUCAAGUCGUGUUGAUAUGGCUCUUGAAGGUGAUCGCAACAUUGUUUUUCUCGAAACCGCACAAGAUUCGGGAAAUUCUCUCAACGGUUUGCCGCCAUACAAUGAAUCAAAUGAUAUGAUGUUUUUCUUAAAAUAUUAUGAUGCUGAUGAGAAGAUGACUUUCUUUUGUGGUCACAUAAUGAUCAAUUAUAAAUCGAUGAUUCGAAAUUAUUUGCCACAAAUUUUACAAAAAGCCCGUCUGCCUCCAGGGACAGAAUUGAAAUUUUAUGAGGAGAUUGCACCGGAUCGAAUGCGUCCCUUAUGCAUAGACGAUAUGAUAUCGCAAGAUCACGCAUUGGUGGACUUAGUCGAUGGUACUUUGUUGGUAUUCGAAAGAACCGAUAAAUCAACUACAGAAAAUAACGCUCAUUUGUAUUAUACAACAAAAUAUAAUGCUAUGCAAGUUGAGGCAUUGCAAAAUCCGGAAGGUUUCGGGACACCUUUGAAUGAACAAUUUGAACCAAUUUUGGGAGAAAUAAGUCAGACAUGGACUAUGGGACAGCUGAUGCAGUGGAUCGCUAGUGGUAUUGAAUGUUCGGCGGAUCAUAUCCUCUUGUGGAAGGUAAGUCAGUACAACGAGAAACCAACCAACAAUCAUUUGAACGAACAUGAGCUACGGGUUUAUUCAGUGAAAGAUCUUCUUGGAUUGACAAGUCCACAUAAACACGACCCUCGGCGACAGAAACGCUAUCGUGUUUAUUAUACAAAGAUGCCCAUUUCUGUGAGCGAUCUCGAACGACGUUAUAAGAUGAGAGUGCAGAUGAUGGAUGAAAAAAUGCAAAUUACGGAAACUACUGUCUUUCCCGAGAAAACAGGAACAGUUCAAUCAAUUUUAGAUGAGGCGCAGAGGGAAUUCCGUUUUUCACCUAACGGAACUAAAUUAUUGAGGCUUGUUUACGUAGGUCAGGCAUCACACUGUUUACGGGCUUACCAUGUUUUCACUAAUGACACACUUGCCAGUGAAAUUUAUACGAAGAUUGGCAAUACAUCUUACGCAGUCAGUUUGCCAUCUCAUUCAGUGCGGGUUGAAGAGAUACCGGAAGAUGAAGUUACUGUUAGGCCUGGCGAACAUCUCUUACCUGUUGGUCAUUUCGAUAAAGAUCCGACACGUAUGUUCGGCAUCCCUUUUUUCAUUAAAGUUACAAAUGGAGAAACACUCGAAAGUGUGAGCGAGCGAAUUAGAAAGAAGCUGGACGUCACUGUUAAGGAAUUUGAAAAGUACAAGUUUGCAAUAAUUGUCAACAAUCGAGUGAGUAAAUAUUUGGACAAGGACAACGUGGUUAAUCUCAAUGAACUUUCUCAUACACAUAUUACAGGUUACGCAUCCGCACCUUGGCUUGGAUUGGAUCAUAUGAACAAAAGUCGCGGUACACGUGGUUCACACACAACUGAAAAAGCGAUCGUUAUUCAUAACUGA